AUGUCAGCUAAAGUAGAAUUCGAACUAGACUCAGAGAGCAAAGAAGAGGAACAGGAACAGGAAGAGAAUAAGAGGGUGGAGGAAGGAGGUGCUAGCAGAGAUUGGACCCCUGAUAGCUAUGUUCCUGAAUAUGCUUAUAAGGACAUCAUUAAGUUUGGAGAUUCUAAAAAGCGGUCUGGAUGGGAAAUAAUGUUUGAUUGAGUUUUGAGGAAUCCAAAAUAUCACAUGGUUAUUAAUUAUCUCGCAAAGAAUAAAAAGAAAAAGAAAAGGAAGAGAAGCGGACUCCAGAUGAGAGAUGAGAAAUCGAAAUCCCAGAUGACCUCUAGCCCGAUUUCGAGAAGUCUAUCCAGAAAGAAAGCGUUAAGGACAAUGUCACCACGGAAACCAGUUGCAAAGUCUAGACUAUCAAACAAAACCAAAUUCUCUGGGAAAACCAAGUUUCUGUAUCGAGGUGAUUUUGGAAGCAGAAAUAGUAAAAGAUCUCAGUCACAAGUAAAGAUAAUAGAGAUUGACAAAACUUGUUUGCCUGCUUACUCUCCCAUGAAGCCUAUUAAAGUCCAAAGCUGUCUUCCUUCUGAAAGCAAGCCUUGAGAUAGUGAAAAGAAGUUACAAAGGAGUUCAAGCUUAAUAGAACCCAUUAGCAACGAAAUCACUGAAACUAAUCAAAAAUGUGAAGGAAAUUCAAAAACCGUGAGCAAGUUUAUUAAUGGUCAACAAAUAAGGAACAAAAGUCUUUCUGCAUGAAAGAAUAAGAAGCAGGUCACAUUGGAUGAUAACUCCAAUCAUGAAGCUUCUGGUCCUCAAAUUAAAAUUGGUAAAAGAAAGCCGAAAAGAGGGAUAAAAAUUUUGAAUCCAAACUUAAAUACAAUUUUAUCUGAGACAAAUAAAGAAUUCCAUGAAUGAUUCAUGGUGAUAUAUGAUUAUUUGAUGAAGACAAACUCUAAAAUAUCGUACAGAGGGAUAAAUAAGAGCUACAAGUUAGGCUCUUUAGAUGAUGCUCUUUCUAUAGCAGAGACCAUAUUCGAAUCUAAUCCAACUAAAGACUAUUGCUUGAAAGAUAUGAUACAUAUUAUCAAAUUGAAGAUUAAUUUUGACCAUAACCCUUCAAGGAUGAAAUCAACAGCAAAUCACUUUGUGGUCGAAGUUAAUAAAUUAUACAAAUAUUAUAAAAGCAAGAUACAGUAUAUUGAAGGAAAGGAAAGGGAUGAAAUUGCUGAGUCUCCAAGAAUUAAGAGACCUUGGACUCAGAAGAAAUAAACUUCCUCUACAAAAGAAGUACUUUAGAAAAAUCAGCAAUUUGAGAUACUCUGGAGUAGAAUAUGAUCUAACCUCUAUCUUACAACAAAACUUAGAGUCUCUGAACCAUGAAGAGUCUGACAUUAACAUUAACCAUAAGGAUCCUCCCUCUCAAAGUAAGAAGAAAAAGUACAAAAGAGUUUUAUCAGCUUCUCAAGUAGUCAGAAAGAAAGCUCCUAAAAAUAUUCCCACUUUGAAAAGAUCUAUUUUUAAGAAUCUCAAGUCAAGACAAAUGAUGAAAACUUGAAGCACUGGAUUUUAAGGUCCCUAAACUAUAUCUUAAAAGGCUACGGGAUGCAUAA